AUGGUGGAGGAGGCAUGGGAGAGACUCAAGAAGUCCUACGUGUACUUCAAAGGCAAGCCGGUGGGCACUCUUGCAGCUAUGGAUCCAAUGGCCGAAGAUUUGAACUACAAUCAGGUGUUUGUGAGAGAUUUUGUACCUACUGGUUUGGCCUGCCUGAUGCAAAAAGACCCUGAACUAGAUAUUGUAAAGAAUUUCCUCCUAAAGACCCUCCACCUCCAAGGGUGGGAGAAGAGGAUUGAUAAUUUUACACUUGGAGAAGGUGUUAUGCCUGCAAGUUUUAAGAUUCUCUUUGAUCAAUAUCGUGGGAAGGAAACUUUAGUUGCAGAUUUUGGUGGCAGCGCAAUUGGAAGAGUUGCUCCUGUCGAUUCUGGGUUCUGGUGGAUCAUUUUACUGAGAUCAUACACCAAAUGCACUCGUGACCAUACACUGGCAGAGCUUCCUGAGGUGCAGAAGGGAAUGAAACUAAUUCUCAACCUAUGCUUGUCAGAUGGCUUUGACACAUUCCCGACACUUCUCUGUGCAGAUGGCUGUAGCAUGAUUGAUAGGAGGAUGGGGAUUUAUGGUUAUCCAAUUGAGAUUCAGUCACUUUUCUACUUCGCAUUGAGGUGUGCAAGGCAACUGUUGAAGCCAGAGCUUGGUGGUAAGGAACUUCUUAAGCGGAUAGAUAAGCGCAUCACAGCUCUGAGCUUUCACAUUCAGAAGUAUUACUGGCUUGAUUUUGCACAGCUAAACAACAUAUACCGCUACAAAACCGAGGAGUAUUCCCAUACUGCAGUCAACAAGUUUAAUGUGAUUCCAGAAUCCAUCCCUGACUGGGUUUUUGAUUUCAUGCCGUUGAGAGGAGGGUAUUUGAUUGGCAAUGUUAGCCCAGCUCGGAUGGACUUCAGGUGGUUUUUAGUUGGGAAUUGUAUUGCCAUCCUUAGUUCCCUAGCAACACCUGAGCAAGCUACAGCUAUUAUGGACUUGAUUGAGGAGCGGUGGGAGGACUUGAUCGGGGAGAUGCCUCUGAAAAUUGUAUACCCAGCAUUAGAGGGACAUGAGUGGAGGACUGUCACGGGGUUUGAUCCAAAGAACACACGAUGGAGUUAUCACAAUGGUGGCUCUUGGCCAACACUGCUGUGGUUGCUUACUGCAGCAUGUAUCAAGACGGGGAGGCCUCAGACUGCUAAGAGAGCAAUUGAACAGGUGGAGCAGAGGCUCUCAAAGGACGGGUGGCCAGAAUACUAUGACGGCAAGGCAGGGAGAUAUAUCGGGAAGCAAGCGAGGAAGUACCAGACUUGGAGCAUCUCCGGAUAUCUGUUAGCUAAACUGAUGAUCGAGAACCCAGCCAAUCUUUCACUCAUCUCUCUUGAAGAGGACAAGAAGAUAGCCAAGCCAAGGCUCACCCGCUCCGCUUCCUUUUGAGUCAAACCAGUGGCAGCAGCAUACAUGAUGCAUUACAGAUUAAGAGGGCGACAGAGUCUGCUGAAGGUUGUGUGAAAGACUUCAUCUUUGGAUAAAAAAGGCAACCUGAAAGAGAAAUUGAGAAGCUGGCCCUUAACAGUGCAAAGGAACAUCCUUAGUUAAAUAGGCAGUUAACAAUGUAUUGAGAAUGAUUCUACUGUUCUUGUUAGUUUUAUGUGGUGAUAUUUCAUGUCUUGUUUCAUUUCAUGUAUGAUCUUCACCUUGCU